GCAUUGGAAAAGAGCAUACCUUCUAAAGCCCGAGAAAUGGGAAGUGAAUUCUGGGUUAUAUUCUUAGCAGGGCCCUGAAAAUAACAAGAAAAAGGAAUGCAACUUUUCUUUCUUCAGUCAUUUGAUUAAAAUGGGCCUGAUCGAAGAAAAUUACAUAGAGCACCGUGCAUAUGCGAGAGUUGGAUUGUUGGGCAAUCCCAGCGAUGUGUAUUAUGGGCGUACACUUUCAUUCGGCCUGGCGAAUUUCUGGGCAAUCGCCCGCCUUAGGCCAUCACAAGAUCUCGUGAUCGAGCCGCACCCAUAUCAUGAUUUGGUCCAAUUCAACUCUCUCGAACACCUGGUCACUAGGGUGCAAAAUGAAGGCUAUUAUGGUGGGGUAAGGCUGCUUAUGGCAACUUGCAAGAUUUUCUUCAAUUAUUGCAUUGAUCACAAGAUUGAUCUAAAGGGUGACAAUUUCACUUUGUCUUAUGACACCAACAUUCCGCGACAGACAGGGCUUUCAGGUUCUAGUGCAAUAGUAUGUGCUGCCUUGAAUUGCUUGCUUGAUUUCUAUAGUGUAAGACAUCUGGUGAAAGUGGAAGAAAGGCCAAACUUGAUACUUAGUGCAGAGGGAGAGUUAGGUAUCACUGCUGGUCUCCAGGACCGUGUAGCACAGGUCUAUGGAGGUGUUGUGUACAUGGAUUUUAAGAAAGAGUAUAUGGACAAGAUGGGACAUGGUAUAUAUAUACCUCUGGAUCCUGCAAUGCUUCCGCAAAUGCACCUUAUUUAUGCUGAGAAUCCUAGUGAUUCUGGAAAGAUACAUAGUGCUGUGAGAAAGAGGUGGCUUGAUGGAGAGGAACUAGUCAUAAAAUCAAUGGAAGAGAUUGCUGGGUUGGCAUCACAAGGUCGUGAUGCACUGCUGGAAAAAGACUACUACAAGUUAGCAAAACUUAUGGAUCGUAAUUUUGAUCUGCGCAGACUUAUGUUUGGAGAUGGUGCGUUGGGGUUAAUAAACAUUAAUAUGGUCGAGACUGCUCGGAGUGUUGGAGCAGCUUGCAAGUUCACUGGAAGUGGAGGUGCAGUCAUUGCAUUUUGUCCUAAUGGCUCUUCACAAGUCAGGGAAUUACAGGAUGCAUGCCAUAAGGCUGGGUAUAUCAUUCAACCAGCUCUUGUGGUUCCCCCUUUGCUUUCCGAUACUGAUCUUCAAAGCCCGAAAUAAAUAAAAAAGAGCAUAGAUAAGGUUGUUAUCUUCAUCCUUUGGAUGCCAUAUAAUUUUCUUUUAGUGGUCCUUUGCUACUUGUAAAAGGAAACACAUGUCAAUUGACAAAAUAAUUACUAAAGUGGAUGUUUGAGAUAUCCUACAUUGAAAAUAAAGAUUGUUUGCAAAAUUUGUCCAAA